UAAAAAAGUAGUGUUGCUUUUUACUUAGGGGCUGAGUUCAUUCUCCGGCUGCGCAGAUUGCCACGUUGCUGCAGAAAGACACCGGACUACGACACCAGAGGAUAUUGUCUGGUCACUCCAGGCUGUUUAUCACACCGGUGUUUUAGGAUUCUGCCGGGGGAGCGUGCACUCUAUUGGAAUACAAUUGUCAGUGGAAAUGCUGACCGAUAUGAUAGUGGAGGAAGAGUUUGAGCUCAAGGAUGAGGAGCCAUGGUAUGGCAAACAGGACCUUGAGCACGAUCUCCAUUUGGCGGCUCAGCUGGGUAAGACCCUGCUGGACCGGAACCAUGAGUUGGAGCAGGGGCUGCAGCAGAUGUUCUCCACCAACCAGGAGCAGCUGCAGGAGAUUGAGUACCUGACUAAGCAGGUGGAUUUGCUGAGGCAAAUGAAUGACCAGCAUGCUAAGGUAUACGAGCAGCUAGAUGUGGCAGCCAGAGACCUGGAGCAGGGCAACCACAGGCUGAUUCUGGACAACCGCGUCGCCCAGCAGAGGAUCAACUGCCUGACAGAAACGAUCAACAGUCUUGAGACCCACAUGGAGGACUUGCAGACCCAGGUGGAGGAGCUGAGGACAGCCCAGUCUGACCGGAGCAGGAGAGAAUUGGCCGAACAGAGACACAACCUUGGAGCACAGAGUGUGUCCUGCCUCAAGGAGCUGUAUGACCUGCAGAAAGACAA